UAACCUCCCAGGGAUUCUGCUGCUUCAGUCCCAGCUCAGGUCUGCCUCCCAAGGAAGCUCUCAUGUCAGACCUGGUGCUGAGAUAGCCAAAGCAUCCGGUCCAGCCCAGGCCAGAGCCAGGAAAUCCCUGUGAUCCAAAAGAUUAGAAAUAUGGUCAAGAUGGGGACCUGGAACUGAGCAGGCCCUCAUGGGCUGUCCCAGGAUGGAGACCCAAGGGGAAGGGGGGGCUCAGCCAAGACUUUCACCUGGGGAAACGAGGGACCGCCAGCCCUACGGGGUUACCUGCAGGGCUCAGUGGCUGCAGUUAUGAUACUGAAGAGAUCAGAGGAGGGAAGAAAUCCCAUAUCUGGCAGGGCAGAGAGCUCACUGGUUCUGGAGCAAAAUCUUUAGGGACAACUGCAAGAGGACUGGGAGGGGUGAGGGCUCAACAACCUCGAUGGAGGCAGAGAAUCUCACAGCAUCGCCAGAGGCACAGAGCUGGGAUGGCCCCCAAGGUGACACCUCCUGGACUCCUUCACUUCUUUACCACCCUAUACUGAGAGCCCACUGGAUGGUUCUUAAGAACAUGGGAAAAGACGGUGAAUUAAAGCAACUGAAGGAUGGGCUAGCAGAUUUUCAACCAGGCACCGACUUUGCAGUUCAGGUUAUUCUUGUUCACACACAUGUUCAAUCCACACUUUAUAUUCAUGGCUAUGUGUCCCAGGCACGGGACUCUGGGCUCGGUGCACAAAGCGGGAAAGGCAGCCCUUGCCCUCCAGGAACUCUGGGACCCUUGGGCAACCAGGCACAAGGAGGCACAAAGGGAACUGUGGUGGUGUUCAGGGAGCCGCCGGGUUCAUCAGAGAAGCGUUGAGGCUUCUCCCGCAGGGGCUCUCCCCGAGACUGAGCUUGUCUUCCCUCUCCUGGAGCGGUUCUUCUCGCCCGACUCCUCCGGUUCAGAUUCGACUCCUCUAUCGGAGUCUGCCUCAGCUUCCAGCUCCUCCUCUAUGCAUUUGCAAAGCCACAGUUACCUUUGCAUCAA